UCUGUGGUUGCUGGAAGUCCGACUUUAGAAUACACCUGACCGGUUGGAUGGGGUGAAGUUCUUGAUAUUUUUACUGGAUAUUCUUAUUAUAAAAGGAACUAAUACUCUCAUAUACAAUACUUAAUUUAGGUUUAGGCUCCAAGAUUCUUGGAUAGUUGUCAAUAAUAUUCCAGCAUGGAUACAAUACUGUUCAACAUAUCAACUUGUUCAAGUCAAUUAUUUAUAUUAUUACUGCUUGGGAUAAUUAUGACUUGUUUAAACAUUGUAUCUUCCAUGACAAUGCAAGACCAAACACCUUCAGCAACAGAAUUUGGUGAUAAUUUUUUUAGAAAUUUAACAAGUAGUACUAUUAAAGAUAGCAGUCUUGCACAUAUUACACAAAUACAUAUUAUGGACGAGUGGCCUGCCAUGCUCAUUGGUGCAAAUAACUCUAUCCAUGUUUUUGACUUAAAUCAACAAGAGCGUACAGCAAAAAUAUUAGAAUGGGUACCAGACUUGGAUGCAAAAGGGAUGUGCUAUCUAAAAGGGAAAGAAGAGGAGGAUUGUCAGAAUUAUAUCAAAGUUAUAACACCAGAUAAAAGGAAUGGGAAACUAUUAAUAUGUGGAACCUAUGCUCAAAAACCAAGAUGUGUGAAUUUAGAGGCUAACAAGUCAAGUUUAGAGAGCCAAUGGGAGCAAAAGGAUACAAACUGGACUGAUGGUUUGUACAAGUGUCCAUUCAAUAUACACCAGAAAAGUACUGCUGUCUUUGCAGAUGGUAGCCUGUAUUCCGGGACAGUUGCUGAUUUCAACGCAAGAGAAUCUGUGCUGACUAGGUCUAUGGGCAAUACAGAUAUAUACCCGCCUCUUAUAACUAAACGUUCUGACUCCAUAUGGCUUAAUCUCCCAGAAUUCAUCAAAUCUUACCAAGAAGAUAAUGAAGUGUUUUUCUUCUUCCGUGAAAUUUCAAUAGAAACUCAACAUACAGGAAAGAUGUACUACUCACGGAUCGCUCGUGUCUGUACCAACGAUAAAGGAGGGAGUACGAUACUUGAUUCAACAUGGACAACUUUCCUAAAAGCAAGACUAGACUGUUCUUUUCACGGAGACUUUCCUUUCCACUUCAACUACCUGCAGGAUGUUGUGCGGGUUGUUGAAGGAGAAGGUGUAUUCUAUUAUGGCAUCUUCACAACUGGAGAUCAUGAAAUACCUGCUUCUGCUGUAUGUAGGUUCAACCUUGAUGAAAUCAGAGACAACUUUAAUAAUGGUUUAUUUAAGCAGACAUCAGCACCAUGGCAACCUGUUCCAGCCGCAAAUGUUCCAGUCAUUAGACCGGGCAGUUGUUCUGCUGAAUCAACACAACUUUCAAAUGAGGAUCUAAAUUUUAUAAAAUCGCAUCCGUUGAUGUAUGAACCUGUUAAGAAUUACGGGCAAGACGAUCCGUUAUUUACGCUCACUCGAAGCAACUACAGAUUGAAUAAAUUAGUGACGACAAAGAAGGGUCCUUAUACUAUUGUCUUUGCUGGAACAGAUGAUGGCCAUGUUAUGAAAUUAGUACUGCGUGAAAAUCACCCUGUUGGUGGUAUGGUCUCACCUGUUCUAUUGUACAACAUGCAUGUGAUGGAGGAUAAACAGCCCAUCACAAACAUGAGGUUAUAUAAGAACAACGGCCAAGAAGUUAUAUUUGUAACAUCUAAAGAUGUUAUUGUUGAGUUGUCUCCUCAGUAUUGUCAAUAUUUAAAGAAUUGCUCCUGUAAACAAGAUCCCUAUUGCAGUUGGAUUGAGAGCAGUAGUAAAUGUAUAGUAUCAAUAUCAACAAAUGAGGAUUACAGUGGAGUUGAGCUAGAUUGUAAAGAUCCAAUAACAGAUGUUGAUUGGACUUUGAAAGACUGCACUGAUCUUGGUUCCCCUUCCACUGAAUUUACUACCAUUGUCACCACCCCCUCUGCUGCGUCUACUACCACCGUUGUUGUAACCACAACUACCACUCCAGAACCAGCGAAACUGGGUACAACCUAUCGACAAACAACAAACCUUGAAACAACUCUUACCCGACAAGAUAGUGGUAAUGAGAUGCAUAAAUUGGAGGCUUCUGAUUGGCCCACUGAGAAACUCUUUUAUACUCAAACACCAACCCACAAACCACCUGAACUGCUGGCAGAUGAGGAAGUUAAGUCAGAUGCAAGUAAACAAUCAACCUUCGAUGAAUCAACAAAGACGUUCAUUGUGCUAGCAAUAGUCGGCUGGGCAAUUUGUCUCAUAGAAAUGGCAGGUCUUGUUUGCUGGUGUCUGAUGCGAAAAAACAAGGGUAAAUAUGAAGUAACCAGUCUGACGGAACCGGAUCAAAGUGUAGUAAUGGUGACAACAAGCUCAAUGGAGAAAAUUCACCGGAAUAUGGAAAAUGGUCACAACGAGCCACCAAAAUACACAUCCACGGAUAACACCCUCUCUAAACCAACACCUAAUGGCAAACACAUCCCAAAUGGAAAACACACUCCAAAUGGCAAACUCACCCCAAAUGGACACGACACUCCAAAUGACAAACUCACCCCAAAUGGCAAGCUUCCUCAUAUUGACUCUAAAGAAAUUCAUGAAAUACGUAAAAGGAUGAGUCAGGGCUCGUGCGGACGUGGUCGCGGUUCCACGCUUGAGAAAUUGCAUAAGAUCGGUAAUGGGCGCAUAGCAUGUAGUGAUUAUGAGGGUUUCAGCGACAGUAGCGAUGGUCCAUCGCCUACCCAAUCAACUAAUGAAGUGCCGCCAACUUACUCGCAGAGUUUUGAUGAGGGCAUGUCACUUGUGCUGGAGAUGGAGCCUCACCUCAAAAGAAUCAGCUCAGUGAAUGUUUGAGGGCAGCAUGUGUACAAUUCAAUUCAAUAUAAUGUUCGUAAUGCAUCAUUAUUUAAAGCUUUGCUUUUAAUGGCCUUUGAAUGUAUUGGCUACAAUACAAAAAAGUGAAGAUUAAAAUAUAACAAAUGCUUACAGAAAACUUUUUAAAAAGAAUGAUUUCUGGGAGAUACCAUCAUGCAUAGUUGAAAAGAAGAAAUUCAAGAACAUGGAUUGUGAAAAAACUCCUUUAAUGGAAGAAACUGAUAAAAGUAACUGCAGAAUACGAGUACUGUUUUGGAAUAAAGUAUAGGAGGCUAUGAUUGGUUCGUCAGACAACCAAUCAGAACUACAAUAUCCUCCAAUGAUGAAUAAAACUAGCAGAAGCAUAAGAAUGGUUGAGUCACUGAUGUGGAUCCCACCCGGCCCCAGUAGAAGGUACUGGACGGCCCAGGAGAAGCUACAGUAUAUUUGACUGAGUGGGCUUUAUGGCUGAAUAUAGCUUUAGAAUGUUUUGUGAACAUGUUUAUAUUGAUGAAAAUGAUGUUUAUGAGGUACUGUGUAUUAAAAGAACAUGCACUGUGUUUAUGAAUGAUUGUAAUAUGCAAGGGAGUUUAGUGAGCAUGUUCUUAUAAAAUAAUGCAUUUUAAUGAACUUUUGUGAGAUUAAAUGCAAAAAAAGGCAUCUGUGGUUGAGUGUGCAAAAAAAAUAGGAAAUUGAUUUAUAUUAUUGAAAAUUUCAAAUAUUGUA